CCUUAACAAUGUUAAAUCUGCUUCGGUCAUGUCUCGACUCAGCAAGAAAUCUCCAUCUGUUUGCACUGAUAUGCCACUGGACAACACUGAUAUUUGCAGCAAGCUUCACCUGCUGAAACAGAUACUAACGUCUUGUUUCGGUCCCACAGGUAGACUGAAACAAGUUCACAACAACAUUGGAGGACACGUCGUGACCACCUCUGCCUCCUCGGUUCUUCUUUCAUCCGUUUCCUCCUCGCAGCCUUUUAUCAAUCUCAUAAAAACCUCCAUCCUCAACCACGUCUCUCGCUUCAGCGACUGCGGUUUGUUUGCAGCUAUCUUGUGCCUUUCUCUUAUUGAACAAAUCAAAAAAUCUGCUCUCAGGGAAAGCGUGGCUAUCAGAGUGAACAACUACCUGCUCACUCUGUGUAUCAGCUACCUUCAACGAGAAGACUGUGGUUGUAGAGUGAAGCUCGACUUCUGCAGCACUCAGAACUUGAUCACGUUAGCUCGCAGUGUUAUCUCCAGCAAACCCGCAUGUUUACUAACAGAGCCCGAGACGCUUCACAUUAGCAAACUGGCUGUGCAAGCUUUUUUGCUCACCGUUCCCUGCAGCAGUCCAGGUAUAGUCAGUUUUGGCAGAAUAGUGACUGUUCCUGUAGAAGGUCAUUCUGUGCUAAACUCUGAAGUGCUUCCAGGUUUACUGGUGGAGAUGCCUGAUGGCCUGAGCGAGGAAGACAAACUUUUAAAUCCCCUCAGUGUUGUGCUUUUCAGUGCAUCUCUUGCUGGGGACAUUUCUGAACUAGGAGAUGGAGUAAUUGAGGCCCACCCGGAUGUAGACACAGACUCACAGAUCCUGGGUCAACUUCUGGAGCUUGGCAGACAGGUGAUUAACGAUGAAGUGAAGCUCUUCAUGUGCCAGAAGGUCAUCCACCCAGUUUUGCAGCAAUACCUGAGGAGUCAUGGUGUCAUAGUGGUAGAGAGACUGGGAAUUGCUCUUAUGGAGCCACUUACUCAGCUGACAGGGGCUCAACCUGUGGCCACAUUACAUACCACAAUCCCACCCAAGACCUACGGGAAGGUGAAGGAUCUCUGUAUAAAGCACUUUGGAUCCAAGACAAUGCUGCAUUUAUUCCCUCUUGGGGAGUCUGCGAUCUGCACAAUGAUCCUCUGCCACAGGAACCAGACCAUGUUAAAUGAGCUGAAGGUGGUGUGCCAGACGGCAGAACAUGUACUGAGGCUCACUCUAAGGGAACCAUUUGCCUUGGUUGGGGGUGGCUGUACUGAGACAAACUUGGCUGCUUAUGUUAGACACAAGAGCAAGAGUGAGGUACCAGAGACUGCAUCGGUAUUAAUGUGCUCACAGACAGAGUACCUUCUUGGUGUGGAGCUAUUCUGCUGUGCUCUGGAGUCUGCAGCUGGAGCGCUGGAGCACGAUGGUGGGAGUUCUUUAAUUGAUCUGACUCAUGCUCAUCGCUGGAUGCUCCCUGCAGAUGCCAUCAAAGAAACCAUGGAGGAAAGUUUGGGCUUCUGUGGCUGCGGUCUGGUACAAAGUAGCCCAAGUAAGAAGUGGACUUAUCUAAACACUAAAUAUUCAGAUUUCUGUCCAUCACCCGUGUUUAGAGACACUCGUGUGCAGCCACGUGUACUAGACUCCUUCACAGCUAAACUCAGCGCAUUGCAAGUUGCUGUGGAAACUGCUAAUCUUGCUCUGGAUGUUAAAUAUAUAAUUCAAGAUAUGAAUUAGCAGAACAGAUUUUUUGUGUAGUGUGGAAUUCUGGUUCGUGGGUUUAAAAUGGGGACUGAAUGCUGCUUUUUUGGUUUCAAAUUUUAAAAAAAAGUUUAAACAGUAGGGAGUCCUUUUGCAUAUCAUUUAAAACCCAUGCUGGCACUGAGGUACAUUAGUACAUGGGUAACUUAUAUCUGUGAAGGUAGCAUUAACGUUUAACUACGCUGAAAACGCAUCUGAUGUGUAUGGGAAAAAAAAUCAUGCUGGGCAUUUAUAAUAAUUUGGACUGGGUAAUGUGUUAGCAAUAAAGAGAUACCAUGUUGUUGCAUGGAAAUGAAAAUUAUCAACUUGCAGAGGGCUGAAUUCAAAGACACCCCAAAAAUAAAAAUGAAACAUUGAUACUUCAGCAGGGCUCUAGAGUGCGAUGGUGCGACUAAAAAAAAAAAAAUUUGGUCGCAACUGUUCAGGUAACAAAAAAAAAUAAAAAUCUCUGCAACUCUCCGUGUGGUCAACAACAGACACACAUUAUGCCCCUAUCCUGGACUAAACCAAUGUGAGAAUGAGUUUGGUUAAGUGAGAUAAGUAGCUGCCUUGAGACCAGAAGGGCCAGGUUCGAAUCCCGGUCAUGACUAAACCAAUCAGAGAUAGUCAGGGGCGGGACCUCUUUGAUUGGCCGUGGUCCAGUUGAAAGUGCAGGUGGAAGAGGGAGGUGAGUAGCUUGAAUAAAGCGAUAUCGAUUCAUUAAAUCCUGAAUGGACUUUUAAAUAUAACUGUGUUUUGCCAGAUUCUCAGAUUAAAGCUCACAAAACUAUUUCAACAACCAGCAAAUGAGAGCAGGUACACGGAUUCCACACAAAGACGUAAACACAGAGCGGACCCGACGCAUCAGAAUCAGCCUUGUCUUUCUCGGCUUUCUCACCCGACGGCCCGUAGACGGACACGCUGUCGGAGCUCACCGAUUCUGAUGCGUCGGGUCCGCGCUGUGUUUACGUCUUUUUGCGCUGAGUCUGAGCUGCAGGUUUUGUCUCUCCAACCAAAAUUCACCGAGCCAGCAGCAAAAGAAGCAGCAAACUGCGCUUCAUAUUUGCUCAAUGUCGUCAUGAAUUCCCUCUGACUUCAGCUGUUUUGCUUCCACCACGAUAAAAAUCACACCUCCUGCACAGCUCUCUCUCUCUCUCUCUGUACUUCAAGAACAGUUUCCCGUCUCAAAUCUGUUUUCUGCAUUAUUCAUUCGCUUAUUACCCACCAGUCUACCGUUGUUUACAGCGCUGUCGGCCGCUGUCUUUUUCUUUUCUUUUUCUUUUUUCACUUAAAUGACCUCGGACAAGAAAGCCUAAUUUCUGCUGUUCAAUACUGAAGAAAUUUAAACUUUUUAAAAUUGUGCAAAAUUACAGAAUAUUGCAGAAUAUUUUUAAGGUUAUCUGCUAUAAAAAGCCAGGCCAGGAAAAUCUCCUU